UUGGGAUUAUAGUAUAUCACUUGCAAUAUCCAGUAUGGUGGUCCUCAGUCCUGUCGCUUUGGGAUUUUAUCUUCAGCUCCUUUUCUGCUUCGCUCUGUCUCAGACCUCCUUUGUUGACAGUGUUUUCUCAAUCUCAGCAGCCAUCCCUUGCUUGGAAGAAAAGAAACGGAUUAAUAACAGAGUGUGCUCUCAUCUUGCCCCUCCUCCUCCUCCUCCGCCACCACCACCACUAUUUCCUCCACCAAAUUUCAAGCAAGGAUGGAAUUCCAUGUUUCUAUUACUGGAUAUGGACAUCUUAUAUCAAGAGCUUCAGAUAAUACAGUCACCUUGUAGAGAAAAUGUGUGCCCUCCAGGACCUCCUGGCCCCCAGGGCCCACAAGGUAUUCCUGGUGCAAGGGGACCAAAGGGGGAAAAAGGGGAGAUUGGCAGACCAGGAAGAAAGGGCACACCCGGUCGUCCAGGUGUCCCUGGAAUGCCAGGGGCUAUUGGAAUGCCUGGCCCAAUGGGACCUCGGGGUGAAAAGGGAGAUUUAGGUUUGACAGGAUUGCCAGGUACAAGAGGACCAAUGGGCUUCAAGGGUUACCCUGGAAGCAGAGGAGAAAAGGGAACUCAAGGACCGAGGGGUGAAAAAGGUAGCAAAGGUGACAAGGGAUACAUAGGCUUCCCUGGAAUGCUGGGGCAGAAGGGAGAAAUGGGUCCAAAGGGGGAACCGGGUGUGUCAGGGCACAGAGGACCUGCUGGAAGACCAGGAAAGCGAGGCAAACAAGGACAAAAGGGAGACAUCGGGCCUCCUGGAACUACAGGUCCACCUGGAAGACCUGGUCCACCAGGUCAAUUGGGAUCUCCAGGACCUUUGGAAUCAAGGCAACUAACAAUGGGGCCAAAAGGGGAAAGAGGGCUUCCUGGACCUCCAGGGAAAUGUCUGUGCAAUCCCCAGCAAAAUGUGAAUAUCCCACCAUAUGAGGAACCACUGUAUGGACAGGCCUAUUCGAAAGUUCCUGCAAUAUUUGUGGUGAAUAAUCGGGAAGAGUUGGAUAGGCUUAAUACAGAAAAUGCUUUCGCAUUUCGAAGAGACCAGAGAUCAUUGUAUUUCAAGGAUACUUUUGGAUGGCUUCCAAUCCAGCUUAUGCCUUUCUAUCAUGUGGACUACCCUAUAGAAGAUGGCAGCACAUGUGGAGAUGGCAUCCUCCAAGAUGGAGAAGAGUGUGAUGAUGGCAAUAGCAUUGUGACUGAUGACUGUAUAAAAUGUCGCCAUGCAUACUGUGGAGAUGGCUACCGACGUGAAGGUGUAGAAGACUGUGAUGGGCAAGAUUUUGGAUAUCAUACAUGUAGAACAUAUGUCCCCGGGUCUUAUGGAAAACUGCGAUGCACUUCUUAUUGCUAUAUUGACUCUACAGAUUGCCGAUAUUUUACAUGAAGACAGAGAGAAAAGGUAGGCUACAGAAUGGAUUCAGCAACCUUUCCCAGGCUCUUGAAGGAUUUCAGUCUCUAUUGGGAGAUUAAGGACUGAUUCGCCAGUUCUUCAACCAGAAGUGACUUUAGGGGCAGUCGACUCAUGUGGAACAAGCUCUUGAGAACUGGUUCACCUGUUCUAUGCAUCAUGUUCCCACCAAGAUUCUGAAAGAAUAAUAUUAUCCAGUGUUCCUGUGCCUGAAAUUUGCAUUAUUAAUUCUGCAACAGAAUUGGGAAGGAUGCAUUUUGAAAUGCUUAUAAUUCAGUUAAAAGCUAUGGUUGAAAAAUUGUUAUUAGUUUUUAUUUUAGCCUGAAUGUCAGGAAGUGUUAAAUUACUUUUUGUUUUCUCAUGCAUCUGAUAGUUACUUUCCAGUCUCAUCGUUACAUAGUAUACAGUAUGAUUGUGUAUAUAUAUUUAUUUGCUUAUCCUAUAGUGUAUUAUUCAGAUUACAUACUGUAUAGGUUUUAUAUGUAUAUAUGUGAAGGGUUUUUUUUCAAGAAAAUUGGUUACAUGUUUGUUAUCUUUGAUAGCAUCUGGGAUAAUUGCUGGUUUCCUUUCUAGCAGACACUACAGAGUAAAUUUCACGUGGCAAGUAUGAUGAAUUAGAUACAAAUGAGAGUUGUCAUAAAUGUAGAUGAUCUUCAAAGCAAAUUCUUCAUACACUGAUGUAUGGCAUCAGCUUAAGAAAAGCAGGAUAAGCUCAUCUUUCUCUGUCAGUUAUUGUUCCUGUUUUUAAUUUAAAGGUCUGAAGUGUAUGUUUGAAAUGCAUGAACACCUGUAUAAAACUGGUAUUUUAUGUCCUGUUACUUCUGUUGAAGUCGAUUAUGGAGGAUGCUACACAAUGAUAAUAAAAAUUAAAUGGAACAAACAAGUAUACACACCUUUUUACAAUA